AUGACGAGGGUGGCUCCGGCUGGAAUAAUCUGGCGCCGGCCGUGCGAGAUGCAGACAUCGGUGGCUUCGUGGAUCUGGCAGCAACAACCAUCCAUCUUCUUGGCUUUAGUGACUUCACAACGGUUCCAUCUCGAUGCCCGGACAGUCGCCGUCCACAAUGAAGGCGCCAAGAUGCAAGUCCAGAUCGGGCUCGCUCUCGUGCCCCAUCCAGGAUCCAGGAACCGCAAAUCCCUUGCUGUGGGGACUGCCGAGUCUGUCUUGGCCCCUGCUUGUCGGCGAUGGUUCGGACGAGUUGGCCAAUGCGGCAUCCGUUGGAAAAGGUGA